UUCAGUCCUGUUUUUCAUCAAAGACAUACAUCCUUACAACCCAAAUCCCACCUUCCUUCUCAUCCUCUACUCAAACUCAAAGAAUCUAGCAAAGAUUUUAUAAGAAAGAAAAAGAUUUAAAAAGAAGGAGAGAAGGAGAAUGUCAGCCUCUUUUACUUCUAGCCUAUUAUCAUCUUCAUUUUCUCCACUGUGUGAUCCUGAGCGUAGAUUUUCUGCAAUUCUAAAAGCCCCAAAACUCCGAAAGAGUAAGUUAUCAUUCGCAAAGACACCAAUUGUAAACAUGAAUGAACUCUAUAUGAAAAAUGGAAACUUGAUCCAAACCGAUAUACAGAUAGAAAAGCGGGCGGUGAUCGACGGUGAUGAUGAUGACUUCAUGGAUGCUAUUUCCAAGCUUUAUGUAAUCACGGAAGCGGUCACUGAUCGGGCAGAGAUGCAUGCAAACGUUGCAGAGCAGAGGAAUAGCUGGAAUAAUCUCCUUGUCAACUCCAUCAAUGCAAUCACUCUCACAGCAACGACCAUGGCUGGACUCUCCGCAAUAUCGACAGGGACCGCCCCUGGCAUGGCAUUGAAGGUUUCAUCCACUAUCUUGUAUUCCGCCGCGACUGGACUGCUGUUGUUGGUGAACAAGAUCCAGCCCUCCCAACUUGCAGAAGAACAAAGGAAUGCUACUCGGUUGUUCCGUCAGCUCUAUACACUGAUUCAAACCACUCUCGCACUCCGUAAGCCUACUCCAACAGACGUGGAAGAUGCGAUGGAGAGGGUGUUGGCUCUCGACAAGGCCUACCCACUUCCCUUGCUCCCAGGAAUGCUCGACAAGUUCCCAACUACAGUCGAGCCUGCAAGAUGGUGGCCUUCAUUCAAUCUAAGACGACAGAAGCUACACCCACUUCCCGCUCGAGACGAAAAGAACGGUUGGAGUGGGAAACUUGAAGAAGAAAUGAGAGGCAUUCUUGAAAUAUUGAGGAGAAAUGACAUCGCCGAGUAUGUGAGACUGAGCAAGUUGGUAUUGCAAGUCAAUAAGAUUUUCUCAGUAUCGGGUCCUCUACUCACUGGCCUUGCUGCACUUGGGACUUCUUUUAUCGGAUCUGAUUCUCGUGGGUCAUGGGCUAUGUUGAUCGGCAUCAUUGGUGGGGCACUAGCUAGCAUAGUCAACACGGUACAACACGGCGGGCAGGUGGGAAUGGUAUUUGAGAUGUAUCGGAACUGCGGCGGCUUCUACCGCCUCUUGGAAGAGUCCAUUGAAUCCAACUUACAGGAAAGAGAACCCAGUAAGAGAGAUAAUGGGGAAUUGUUUGAGAUGAAGAUGACCUUAGAGCUUGGAAGGAGCUUACAGGAGCUUAGGAAUCUCGCCGCUGCAACAUCUUCGGUGGAGGAGUUUGCCGGAAAGCUCUUCUGAUUCUCGAGGAGAGAGAAUCUUGUGCAUAUAUUAAUAUUAUUAUUUUUCAUUCUUUUAUUUAUUUUUCUGUUUUGUAUAAUAUCUUGUAGCACAACCUAACACAUUUUCCAUACACUCAAAUACAGUGCUCGUUCAGAAAGUUUUUAUUUUUA